ACGCCUAGGGGUAAUAAGUACCUGUUGGUGGGGGUCGAAUAUUUUACCCGGUGGCCUAUGGCGUGGCCACUCGCCAACCAGUCGGCGGCGGCUGUGACGGACGCCUUUGUCCAGGGCUACGUCCUGGACAAGGGGGCUCCCGAACGCUUGCUGACUGACCAAGGGAAAAAUUUUUCGAGUAAAUUACUGCGAGAGGUGUGCGACCUGUUGGGUACCAAAAAGGUGCGUACCUCCCCAUACCACCCGCAGACGGACGGGAUGGUGGAGAGGCUUAACAGGACAUUGACCUCUAUGCUGUGCCAGCAGGUGUGUGAGUCGCAUGUUGAUUGGGACCUGCAGGUCCCUGGGGUCCUUGCCGCGUAUAGAAUGGCCCCCCAUGCAGCUACGGGGUUUUCCCCGUUUUAUCUAAUGUACGGUCGGGAAGCCGACCCGCCCAUGGAAACGCAGCUGGGUCUGCCCGCACCACGAACUAAUUCUAAAUUGGCAGAGCAUAUUAAAUUUAAUAUUCAUAAACUGACAGAGGCAAGGGAGGCCGCACGGCUUAAUUCGCGGGCUCGCCAAAUUGCGAACGAGCGGUUGCGGGCACGGAAGGUGUCCGUGCACAAUUGGGAACCAGGUGACAAGGCCUGGCUGCAUUGCCCUCAGGCACCUUUGGCCACGUCGCCUAAAUUGUUGAAGCCGUGGCGGGGACCCGUGGAGGUCGUGCGGGUUGCACGCCCCCAGUGCGUUCAGAUAAAAUGGGGGAAACGCCGUUGGUACGUCCACCCCUCCCGACUGAAACCGUUCUCGCCUCCGUAUGGCCUCCCCUUGUGUCGUGAGGGCCGAGCAUGUGACGUGACCGACGGCCUUGAGGGGGAAUUGUCCUUGCCUGCUCCUCACAUGUCUCCGCCUGAUCCGCUCCCAGGUGUCUCGGAACUGACUGCUGCCGACCACCGGCGGCCGGAUCUUCACGGCGGGGCCGGUCCUUCCAGGCCCGAUCCGCGCCGUCUAGAGCUGCCGGAGACACCGGACGGUCGCCAACGUCCCGUUCCAUACGACGGACCGGCCAGACGGACUCGCGCUAGGUCGCGCUACUUUGUGUAACCUACCACGUGCGGAGUCGAGGCAGCCGGAGCGCCUCGGCACUGCGUGGGUCACAGUGACACUUGGCGCGUUCGUUUUACGGUGUUCGCUUUUAUUGUGUUGUUCGUCGGGCUGUAUAUUGCUUCGUAUUUAAGGUUGUGUUAUGUUGUUGUUGUUGUGUUACGGGGCACACUGGGAUGUUGAGUUCUUUAUUACUGCGUUGCGUUAUGUUGUGUUGUAGGUUAACAGCCGGGCCGGCUGCAAGCUAUGUGGGAGGGGGUGAUGUAGAGGUGAUACGCGCUGGGAUUAGGGAUCGUAUGCACAGUGCGUGAUGAUUGGCUGUGUAGGUGGUGACGCGCGCUGACGGUGGAGGAUCAGGGGUCAGCGCGGGGUCGUGGGUUACGGGGUACCGAUUGGCUGUGGGCCGGUGACGCGCUGAGAGGGAGUGAUCAGGUGGCAGCGCAGUGUGAUUGGUGGAGUAAUGUUAACACGCGCUGGGGAAAGCGGAUCGUAGAGAGAGUGCGUCGUGAUUGGCUCAUUAAGGAACGACGCUCACGUCGACGCCGCAUCAGCUCCGUCUCUCGUGAGCAGGGGCUAUAAAAGGGGAUGCACACAGGCGUAAGGGCAGUGUGUAACCAGCGAAGAAUGAAGACGGGGAUGAAGACCUAGAGCCCUGCGGUACCUAGCCCCGCUGUCCUAAGGGGACCGGGACUCUGUGUAACCCAGAGGCGAGUGUAGUGUGUGUAGCCAUAGGGCUUACACGAGUCGAGUGUAUUGUGUAGCCAGAGGCAUAGGGCUUACACGAGUCGAGUGUAGUGUGUGUAGCCAGAGGCAUAGGGCUUACACGAGUCGAGUGUAGUGUGUGUAGCCAGAGGCAUAAGGUCUACACGAGUCAAGUGUAUCGGGUGUAGCCAGAGGCCUAGAGUUUACACGAGAUUAGUGGAGUGUGUCGUCGGAAGAAGGAAGACCACACGUUGUAUUGUGACACGUAAAGAUUUAAUAAAAGUGUGUUACCCGUCAAGAAGUUCCUGCCGUCAAUUCUCAUACUUCAUAUGUACCUCUUGGUGGCCUAACCCGAGGGUGGGUAUGUAUAUAUGUGUAGAGUAAUAGCGCUGGCUGCUGAUGGAAAGUGGUAACUGCAAUCCAUGGCAGUACACACAUCAGCAGGCGACAGUAUACACGGGGGGAAGACAACUAGGGCCGAUUUCAU